AUGGGUAUCUGCAUAUCGAGAGCAUCUCCAGAGAUUCAUGACAUAGACUAUGGCCAUGAACAUGUCAUUUAUUACCAACAAACCAUUUCUGAUCAUAGAAUUGGCUCCCUCCAUACUCAUCAAGGAUCCAAAGGUUUCAACCAAGAUGCUGCUAUUCUUUAUCAGGAUUAUGGAAUGGAGAAUGGUGCUUUUGGUGGGGUUUUUGAUGGGCAUGGAAGGAAUGGUCAAAUAGUGAGCAAAUUUGUGAGAAACAGGUUGCCAUCAUUGAUUGUCAACCAAAGAAAUUCCACCAUAAUCAAGGGCAAAACGGUAAUUGAGCAUGAUGGUGAGUUUGAGUCUAAGGAUUUCCAUAUUUGGAAAGAUGCCUGUUUUAGUGCCUUCAAAGUCAUGGACAAGGAGAUCAAGCUUAUGGAACAUAUAGAUUUCUCUUGCAGUGGUACAACUGCUGUUAUUGUCAUCAAACAGGGUGAAGAUCUGGUUAUUGCUAAUCUAGGUGAUUCAAGAGCAAUUCUAGGAACAAUUGCUGAAAAUGGAAUUGUGGCUGUGCAAUUGACCACUGAUCUGAAACCAAGUGUGCCUUCGGAGGGAGAUCGAAUAAGGAAGUCGAAUGGUCGGGUGAUGGCACUGAAGGAAGAACCACAUAUAGAUCGAGUGUGGUUGCCGCAUCACGACUCACCAGGCCUAGCCAUGUCUCGUGCUUUCGGGGAUUUUGUACUCAAAAGCCACGGAAUCAUCGCGGUCCCCGAUGUAUCCUAUCACCGGUUGACCCCCAACGAUCAGUUUCUCGUUCUUGCAAGUGAUGGGGUGUGGGAUGUGCUUAGUAACAAUACGGUAGCAUCGGUCGUGUGGGGAGCAGAGAGUGAGGAAUCGGCAGCAAAAGCAGUAGUGGUAGCGGCAAUUGCAGCUUGGAAACAGAGGUUCCCGUCAUCGAAUAGGGACGACUGCACUGCGAUUUGCUUCUUCUUACAAAAGAACAUGCAUCAAGAGUUGUACAAUAUGCCUAAAGAUUUGGACAUGUAACACUUCACCACAACACAAUGGUCUAAGGUGUGGUUUAAUAUAUAUAUAUGAGGUCUAGCUUUUUGGCUUUUGUUUUCGUUUUUGUUGUUGAUGUGAAUAGGUUUGUUGAUGCAGUAUUAAAGUUUCAACAAGGUUAUACAAAAAUAGCACAUGAAAAUAUAUCAUGCUUCAGAUUUGUAAGUCAUACAUACAUCCACUUUCCAAGAAACUUCAAGAUUUGGUC